AAAAGCAUGGGGACAACAAAGAGAGGAAGUGGCCUGGGCCGGCCCACCCGCCAUGGACGUCUUCAAGAAGGGCUUCUCCAUCGCCAAGGAGGGUGUGGUGGGCGCCGUGGAGAAGACCAAGCAGGGGGUGACAGAGGCUGCUGAGAAGACCAAGGAGGGUGUCAUGUAUGUGGGAGCCAAGACCAAGGAAGGUGUUGUGCAGAGUGUGACCUCAGUGGCUGAGAAGACCAAGGAGCAUGCCAACGCUGUGAGCGAGGCCGUGGUCUCCAGUGUCAACACCGUGGCCACCAAGACCGUGGAGGAAGCAGAGAACAUUGCGAUCACCUCCAGAGUGGUGCACAAGGAGGACCUGCAGCAACCUGCCCCCUCGCAGGAGGACGAGGCAGCCAAAGUGGAAGAGGAAGUGGCUGAGGCGACCAAGAGUGGAGGAGAUUAGAGGACUGCAAGUGAGCUCGGAGGCCCUGAGGAACACCCCAAACCCUCCUGGCACAAGGAGUGUCUGGUCCUGGAGUGUGACCUAUGGGGCUGCCCAUGGUCCCCACGUCCUCCCCUGGCUGCCCACAGGCUGGUCCUCCCAUGCUGCCGCCACCACCAUCACCUGCCUCCCUUGUCCCCUCACCCCCUCUGGUCCUUCUGACCCCACCGAUGCUGCU